CUCUCUCUCUCUCUCUCUGUGCACUUCAAGCUACUUACUCUCUCUUACAAGUCCUGCUUGGAUUUUCGUCGUAGAAAAGGAAAGAGAAAUGGAAAAGAUAGCUUCGGUUCCUGGAUCUAGGCAUUUGAAUUUAAAGAAAUCGUUCAAACGUGGCUUGCGCUCCUUGCUAACUGCUUGCUCCGAUGAGGAAUUCCGUAAAGCUUUUCCGAGUUUUACUGCAGCUGAGCAGGAGCGUCUCCGUCGACUCUUUAUUCAGGUUAUUACUUCUUUGCAUGAAGAUAUUGAGGAAGAAUUCGAGUCAAUAUUUCUCGAGACACAGGCUGGAACAGUUCUCGACAAUGUAGAGGAGCUAGUGGAAGAACAUAAUCUGGAUCCAUUACUUUCCCAGAAGAGUAAUGUAGGAGAAGCUGCUCAAAAUUUGUCAGAAGCAAAGAAAAAUGAGCUCAAACAUUUGAUGGGGCUCUUGGAAAAGGCAGAAGAACAGAAGCGUAAAAUCAAAGCACGUCUUGAACUCCUCAAGAAAGAAAAGCAAGACUUCUCUGGAGCUGCAAAUCUUGUUCAUGAGUUAAGGACCAGAAUGUUGAACUAUGAGACUGGCUGCCAUAAUAGGCUUGUUAAUCCGUGACUGCCGUCAGCAUUUCUUGAAGACUGUAUUAUAUCUACUUAGGCUAGGCCUCUAUUAUGACCUAUUUGGUGCUGGAUAUGUUCAUGAUGGUUUUAUACAACCAAAUAGGUUCUAACUUCUUAGCUAUUGGAAAAGCUCAAAAGGCUGGGAACAAGUUGGUGAUCGAGACAAAUUUUAUUUUCCUAGUGUGCAUGUUUACAUUAUGUCAGCAACACUUGCGAAAAUAUGGUUGACUUUUUAUGGUAGUAGAAUCCUGUGAUGAACUUAUUGUAAA